AUGCUGUUUCCUGUUCCUGUUGCUGCUAGCUUUUCUAGUCUGCUUAUCAUUGCUUAUCUUUCUAUUUUCAGCAUUUAAUAUUUGGUGUCUCCAAUUUUUUUUUGCAUGCAUUUUCUUUCUGCUUUUAUACUUUUUAUCUCAAUAAAACUACAUGCAUUUUACCGUGCACACUCACCUUUACACUUUUAUCGCGAUUAAACUGCAUGUUUUACCGCACACAUUUUUUACAUGGAUCAUUGCAUUAAUCUCAAACCACUGGUGAUCAGAAACCACCACAACAACAACAAUUACCUGAGGGAUUCACAUCGAUCUCAAACCCCCCGCUGAUCAAAAACCACCACCACCACCACAACAACAACAAACAAUUGCGAGCUGAUGGAAGUGAAAGAGGAACAUCAAGAACUGAAUGAAGUGGAAGAGAAAGAUCAUGAUUGCAUUACUGAAGAAAAAUCUUUGAGUUGCUCAAAGACUAAAAAGAAUGGAAAGAGUUUCUCUCAUUCAGAAAUCCUGAAAACACAAGAGAGAAUCCAUACUGGAGAGAAACAUUACAAGUGCUCACACUGUGAAAAGAGUUUCACUCAGUCAGAAAGCUUGAAAACACAUCAGAGAAUCCAUACUGGAGAGAAACCUUACAAGUGCUCACACUGUGAAAAAAGUUUCACUCGAGCAGACAGCUUGAAAUCACACAAGAGAAUCCAUACUGGAGAGAAACCUUACAAGUGCUCACACUGUGAAAAGAGUUUCACUCGGCCAGACAGCUUGAAAUCACAUGAGAGAAUCCAUACUGGAGAGAAACCUUACAAGUGCUCACACUGUGAAAAGAGUUUCACUCUGUCAGCAAGCCUGAAAACACACAAGAGAAUCCAUACUGGAGAGAAACCAUACAAGUGCUCACACUGUGGAAAGAGUUUCACUCUGUCACAAAACAUGAAAACACACGAGAGAAUCCAUACUGGAGAAAAACCAUACAAGUGCUCACACUGUGGAAAGAGUUUCACUCUGUUACAAAACAUGAAAACGCACGAGAGAAUCCAUACUGGAGAGAAACCAUACAAGUGCUCACACUGUGGAAAGAGUUUCACUCAUUCACACAACAUGAAAACACAUGAAAGAAUCCAUACUGGAGAAAAACCAUACCACUGUUCUAUAUGUGGAAAAAGUUUCAGUGAAGCAAAAACUCUUUGGAAACAUGAAAAAAAGAAUUGCCAAAGUAGUCACAUUAAGAAAAAAAAAACAUCUUCAGGUCCAACGAUGUCAAGUAAAUAGUUUAAAAUUCAGAUAAACCCAAAGAUGGAAUUUCUCCCAAAUGAGCAGCAUCAGAAACAAUUUAUUAUACAGACCACUGGAAUCAAAAUUAACAUGAGAAAUUGGAACAGCCAACAGAUGUAGAAACAAGUACUGUCUUACAGGUAAACGAGCCAAUCACCUUUUUGAUAACAGACAUCGCCUGUCAAUCAACUCGAGAAUGUGUAUUAGUGAUUGGAAGUCAGAUUCUUUUCCUCGACCGGUUCUUUCAUACUUUUCAUUUCAAUAAACGGUAUAAAAAAAAUGAAGAUUCAGCAGUUCUUUUACAUCACAUAAUCAUGUCACUUGUACAUAAUUCUAACAUUCUGGCGUCAUGCCAUACAUGCUCAAAUACAUUCAAAUAAAGCCAUAUGUAAGCGUAUAUUGUGAAUUAUUACAUCUUAAUCAUGUAGUUUAUGUAGUUUACAUAUACUUAGGUUAAAGUCAUUAAAACUAAUUUUUUAACCACUCCACUGAUUUCAUAUUAGCAAACUGUAGUUUUGGCAAGUCUUGUAGGACAUCUACUUUGUGCAUGACACAAGUAAUUUUUCCAACAAUUUUUUACAGACAGAUUGGUUCACUUUUAAUUUAAUUGAAUCACAAUUCAAGUGGGUCAGAAGUUUACAUUCACCAAGUUAACUGUGCCUUUAAGCAGCUUGGAAAAUUCUAGAAAAUGAUAGCAAGUCUUUAGGCAAAUAGCCAAUUAGCUUCUGAUAGGCUAAUUGGAGUCAAUUGGAGGUGUACCUGAGGAUCUAUUUUAAGGCCUACCUUUAAAGUCAGUGCCUCUUUGCUUGACAUCAUCGGAAAAUCAAAAGAAAUCAGACAAGACCUCAGAAAAAAUGUGUGGGACUCCACAAGUCUGGUUCAUCCUUGGGAGCAAUUUCCAAAUGCCUGAAGGUACCACGUUCAUCUAUACAAACAAUAGUACACAAGUAUAAACACCAUGGGACCACGCAGCCAUCAUACCGCUUAGGAAGAUGCAUUCUGUCUCCUAGAGAUGAACGUAGUUUGGUGCGAAAAGUGCAAAUCAAUCCCAGAACAACAGGAAAGGAUCUUGUGGAGAUGCUGGAGGAAACAGGUAGACAAGUAUCUGUAUCCACAGUAAAACGAGUCCUAUAUCGACAUAACCUGAAAGGCUGCUUUGUGGAUAUAUUGAAGCAACAUCUCAAGACAUCAGCCGUGAAAUUAAAGCUUGGUCACAAAUGGGUCUUCCAAAUGGACAAUGACCCCAAGCAUACCUCCAAAGUUGUGGCAAAAUUGCUUAAGGACAACAAAGUCAAGGUAUUGGAGUGGCCAUCACAAAGCCCUGACCUCAAUCUGAUGGAGAAUUUGUGGGCAGAACUGAAAAAGCAUGUGCGAGCAAGGAGGCCUACAAACCUGACUCAGUUACACCAGUUCUGUCUGGAGGAAUGGGCCAAAAUUCCAGCAACUUAUUGUGCAAAGCUUGUGGAAGGCUACCCAAAAUGUCUGACCCAAGUUAAUCAAUUUAAAGGCAAUGAUACCAAAUACUAACAAAUUGUACGUAAACUUCUGACCCACUGGGGAUGUGAUGAAAGAAAUAAAAGCUGAAAGAAAUAAAUCUCUCUACUAUUAUUCUGACAUUUCACAUUCUUAAAAUAAAGUAGUGAUUCUAACUGACCUGAGACAGGGAAUGUUUUCUAUGAUUAAAUGUAAAAGUGAAAAACUGAGUUUAAAUGUAUAUGGAUAAGGUAUAUGUAAACAUCUGACUUCAACUGUAUGUUUAUUGUCAUUUAUCCUGCAUGUCAAAUACGACUGAAAAUGUGUAAAAUCUUGGAUAAGUUUACUAUGAUAAAGUUUUGUACCUAAAGCACCCAAUACAGACACCGAUGUACAAACUAGGGGUGCACUGAUACCACCUUUUCUCUUCUGAUCUCAGUAUCGACCGAUCCCGAUCUGAUACCAGCAUUGUUUUUUUGCAUAAUCAGUUUAGAAUAUCUUUACCUCAGUGUUUUUUUAUUUUUUAUUAUUUUUUUACCAGCUCACUCAUAACUUUGGAUGCCAUUGUGUUUAUGUUGAAUGAUCUUUAACUGACUGAACAACAUAUUCGGAAUUAGUUGUCGGCCUUAAAGUAGGAGCUCCAGGUCACACCUAUGGAUGACGUGGACCAAUGGCAGUAAGCAGUCAGUAAGAAGUUUUCCUUAAAGUUUGCACUGGCAAGCUGUUACCAGCCACCGAAGUGAACGCAAAAGCACAUUAGUUUUGACCAGAUUUAGUUCUAAAUGACGUCACACCCAUUUGUUCCUCAAAUUUGUGUGAAGUGUGCAGGGGCCUUCAGAGUCAUUUAUUUUGGAAUCAAAACACGCUGGUAGCGCAGUUUGUUUUACACAUUAGACUUAGUAAUGGGCAGUGCUACUGCUGAAAUGUAUGUUAUUCCAUCCGUAUCUGUGGGAAACUCACACAGGGAAACCGUUAACGAAGAUCAUACUAUUCCGGUAUUUUGUAAAUAAUUCUCGCCACUCAACCCUACUGUCGAUUGAGCUUAACUUGUUUUGAACCCGGAAUAUUCCUUUAAACCUUAAACCAAGUGCACAGUAAGCAAAUUACAGUGGGCAUACGCUUAAUGAAUGAAGUCACAAUCCCAAACUUCAUAAACUUGCGCACAUAGCGACGGAAAUGUUGAUAACGUGUAAGAAUGGCUCACUCCCAUUAUUGCACUGAUUGGCACAAAUGGUGAAAAAUAAGAAGAAAAAAUUAAAAUUAUGUUCAGACAGCAGGUAAGGAGAUGUGGGUGAUGUUAUAUAAUUUGAAUUAUUUUUUUGAAUCCUGCUUCCCAGUGCAUUUCUUUCCAGGAAACACUAAAUUUUCCCUUAAGGUUCCCAUUUGGCUAUUUUUAUUGGGGGGGGGGACCAAUUCUUAACGUUCUAGGAAGGCACAUUUUUAUUCACUAGCUUUUGACUGAGAUUGCACUGGUUGUUGCUGAGUCUGUGGAUUGUUAUUGGUUUUUCCUUAAAUGUCCAGGAUUUUGUUCAUUUCUUUAGCUGUUAAAUGUUCUAUAUGAACUAGAUCUGAAGUAAAUGUGAGUGGUGCUUGGCGUGGCAAAACCCAUCAUCACAAUGUCCCACAAAGGGCCUCAGUACACUGCCCGGAGUCAAAAGAUCCCACCCCCAUGGGAUUCUACGAUGUUCUGGUGUUGAUACAUGGAUACUAGGAUGCUCUGGAUGGUCGCUAGGCAGUUGCCAGGGUGAUACUAAAAGUCAAAAUAGUCUAUAACAUUCUGAUCUGGAAAUAUCACUCUGAGCCAUUUUCAAUGGGUCUAUGGGUGCUUCUCAUUUCUUAAGUUGUGCAUCCUUGUUUCCCCGCUCUUUCGUCCUCGAUUCUGUGACCCUGAAACCGUUCAAAGUCUACCAUCGUGAAGGACGUAUCAAUUCCCUUCUGCACCCACAUGUUCAAAUGUUUAAUUUAGGUUAAAAGGGUUUUAAAGUCUUGGAAAAUGAAAUGAUUUUUAAAAGAAUCUAUCUACAGUAUGUCACAGUUGUUUUAGUCAUUAAAAAUCAUACAAAUUAAAGUAUACAGCAUACUGCACCGUUUUGUGAGUGUGGGUCCCAGGUAAACCCAAAAUUUCUUGUUUUGGCCCUGGUCGGGAAAGUUAAGGAACCCCUGCUUUAAUACUUGCAUCUAUUGUCAAAGUUAGAUGUACCCAUAUAGCAUAAAAUAUGAAUGCGUUUGAAUUUAUAUUAGAAAUUAUAUUACUUUGUUGAGCUUUGAUUAUUUCUAGAUCAGCUUGUCUUGCCUGCUGUGUUUAAAUAUUGUCUGAUGUCACUAAUAAAGGCCGUCCUUCAUACUCUGA